AAAGACUUGUUUUCGUUUUCAUUCCAGCCUUAAUCCUUCUUCUGGAAGGUGUCCACUAGUCAAACCUCCGUUUUGCGAUCUUACUUCCAACCACAUGUCGUCAUCAGUUCCCUUUGAUCCUUGGAAAACCUUUCAUGAAAGUCCCGAGGAGCAACUGGCCAUUAAAGAGAGAGCCAAAUACAGAGACGCGAUGAAAGCCGAAUACCGAAAGAUUUACACCAACCCUUUCAAGCCUCCUGUUGGCACACCCCACGAUCCGGCGCUUCAACGAUGGUACUCGGCGCGCGUGACCCACGCUGAAUAUAUUCAACCCUCACCGCGGAUGGGACUCAUGCUGUUAGGUGUAUGUGGAGUUGGUGCUGCAAUUUACCUUCUACUCAACACUAAUCGGAACACAGUUUUGCGCCAAAUCGAACAGGGAGAAAUCAGCUACCGGAAACGAGUCCUGGAAAUCAUCAGAAAGUGACGAGUCUCAUCUUGUUUUUUCCUCUGAUUUGCAAUUAGUAACCUACAGAAAAUACACUUUAGUAUCACCGUG